UUUGAAUUUAAUAUAAAGUAGUGGUUCUUUCGUACCUGAAUCAAUGAACGUCUACACGGUCCAACAACAUGAAAUUCGUCAUUGUACUAAGUUUGUGCAUUAUUUCCAUUUGGGGUGUGCCUCUGGCUCAGAAACGUGAUUUUGCAAUCAGAAAACAUCACAAUGAUUUACGUAUAAUAGGUGGUAAUGUAGCCACAGCUGGUCAGUUUCCUUGGGAUGUAGCAAUAUUUGUAGAGUCUGAAAGUUCGUCUUUCUUCUGUGGUGGUGCUUUAAUUGACCAAAAAUGGGUUUUGACUGGGGGACGUUGUGUCUAUGGAGCGACUAGUUUUGAGCUCCUUUUUGGUACAAUUUCGUUAGAAAACGGCGGAAUAGUAAGAGAAGCCACCUACUCAGUAACUCAUCCUGAUUUUAAUUUAGAAACUCUUGAAAACGACAUUGGUUUGAUUCGCAUAGACGACAGCAUUAAUUUAAGUGAUAAAAUUAAAAUUAUUCCAAUUGCCAAUACCAAUCUAGAAAGCGACGUAACUGUUACAGCUAGUGGAUGGGGAGCUCUUGGCACUUCGGGUGGAAUAGAAAAUAAGUUAAAUUACGUCGAUUUAAAAACCAUUACCAACAAUGAGUGUAAGUUUAGUUAUGGCGUACUAGUACCCGACCAGAUGGUAUGUGCUAUGGGUAAUCGAAAUAAUGGAAUUUGCUCUGGAGACAGCGGCGAUCCGUUGAUAAUGAAAGAUUCCAGUGGAAACGCAGUUCAUGUUGGUGUUGCUAGUUGGUCUAGCGCUGGAGGGUGCUUAACAUCACAACCGUCAACCUAUACAAGAACAGCUUCUUACAAGUACUGGAUAAUAAGUGUAAUAGCGGAAAAUGUCUAACUUUUCUAUUAAAAUGUAAUAGUAUUCACAUAACAACAUUUCUCAGAACUUAAAUUAUUUCUAGCAAUGGUUUAAGUGACACUUUUUUAAUCUACGUAAUAAAAAUAAAGUAAUUAUAUUAGGUAUUAUUAUCUAUAAUCCGGUGAGAAAUGUGACUACUUAACUAAGAAGACAAGAUAAAAUCUGAAAGUCUAAAAUACAUUGAAAAUUAUGAAAUUCGGAAAUAAUUAGAUUGCUUUAUUAUUUUUCUGAUAAUGGUAUUACAUAUCUCUUGUAGUAUUGACUAUCCAGUUAUAAUAAGCAUCCACUCUAGUAUACCCAGUUGGAUCAAGACUUUCACAACCAUUGAUACUUAUAAAACUGGCAAUGGCCACUUGAAUGGUGUGAUUUCCAACAAGAGCGGCCGUCAUCAACGGACUACCAGUAUCUCCCUAAAGUUUAAACAUUUUGAUAGAAUUUCACUACUAUAAAUUUAAACUUACGUAACAAGGUCCCUCAUUAUAAUUGCCUUCCGCACAACACAUACUACCCCACAGUUGUUCUCCAUAGUAAGUUUGACAUGCAGUUUGACCCAGAAUAGUCAUUUCGACAAAACGAAGUUCAUUGACUAAAGCACUGUCAUCUACAAAAAAUAAUGACUAUCAACCCAACGAGUAACUGUUCAUUUUUAUGUACCACUGACUUGCCCCCAACCCGCAGCUUCUACAACUCGACCUUGGUAGAUAGGACCCAUGCUUGACAACAUCCGCACAGGGUGAAUAUAAUCUUUAAGAAAAAUAAACUUAAACAUGUUGAUGCCCAAUUAUGAUGGGUUACCAGUGUAGGUUAUGGGAAUAUUCAACUUGAUCAAGCCAAUGUCGUGUAGUAGUAGUUGUGGAUCAAAUCGUGGUUCAUAGUAGUAUGUUGAAGCGCCUAGAGUUAGUCGAUUUUCGUCUUCUCCUUGGAGGAGAUUCGAGCCCAACUGUAUAAUGAAGCUUGUAGCACUAGAAGAAUAUAAAAGUUUAGUGCUCAGUUAAAUAUGGUACAUUUCUUUUACAGAUAUACACAUUGACCAGCAGUCAGAAUCCACUGUUCGUUGAAGAGAGAACCUGAACAAAAAUAUCGACCAUCUUCUGUGUAUUUAUAAAUGGCUGCUAACCACGGGUACUGACCGGCUCUGGCAAGAUCUCCUCCGAUUAUUCUUGGUGCUAAAAAUCACACAUGAUUAUAGUAGAUCGUAGUUAAGGAAGAAAUUACCAGGUUUAUCGUCAGGUAUUCGCCGAAGAUAAGAUUUAGUCCAUACGGAAGUGGUACACAGUAAAACCAGAACGAGGAACUUCAUUUUUGUUACUGUUAGUAGUGAAAGUUCUUGUCGCAGCCUUUUUGAAAAUAUUUUGCGUCAUUUUUAUACUUAUAAGGAUAACGUUGGCAUUUAUGGGAUCUUAGAUAAGACAUUUAAGUCAUUAACGACUACUUAAGUCUGAAUGAUGGUCGAAAAAAUGUCAUUGAAACUGAUAAUUUGGUCUAAAAAUGUAACUGUUCUGUAACUAGGUACGUUGGGAACGUUGUCUAUUUUUGAAAAUCAUCAUUAUCAGCACAAUAAUACCCAAACAUCUGACAUCUUUAUACAGUUUUGCCUAUCUUAUCAAGAUCGUCAACACCUUGUGACAAAGUGAAAGGGUUUGAAAAAUUUAAUCUGCAGUAUCACAGACGUGUUUAGUUCACCAACACUGAACAAUUAUGAAAAUAAAAUAAUCAGAGAUUUUUAUUAUUAGCAAUUAAUAGUUUAUUUUCAUGAAACAGUACUAAAAUUUAUCAUGAUUGCGUUAUGUUUAGAAUCCAGUCGGUAUAUACAUCGAUUCUAGCAUAUCCCGAAGGGUGUAAUUGUUCACAACCUUGUUCACUGUAGAAUCCAGACACCCCGACUUGGAUGUAUUCACCAUCUCUAGUGAUCACCAAAGGACCUCCAGUAUCGCCC